AUGGUGAAUUUACGAACUCGUAGAAACCGACCAAGGUUGACCAUCCGAGGCGUGAUGACCGUCAUUGACGAUGUUGCAGACGACUGCAACGAUUACGUGGAAAAUAAGCAGGUAUGGGCUGAAUUGGGAUUAGGUUCAGAAGAAGAUGAUGAAUACGCUGGAGAGGACUUCCAUUUAACUCAUUAUUGGGAAGCACCAGAUGAACGAAGAAAACAGAAAAGGAUAAAUAAACGGAAGAACGAAAAAGCAAUCGAUGAACCUGAUCUGUCUGCCUCCGCAUUUCCAGAUGCACACUACAGAAGUCUUCUGGCCGAUAUAAACUCUGCUGAAAACUAUUCAUUAGUCAUAGAAGGAGUCAAUGACUCGCCAGCUGGUGGUGCUGUAGUUCCAUCGAAAAGCGUCAGCUCAAUUGAAUCUCAGAGGCAGCAAUCGUCAAUCGCAACCCAUUACCAAGCCAGAGAUCCCACAGAUGUGCCACCUCUGCCCGAUCGAUGCUCUUUCCCAUCGCCGUCUCUGUCGUGUUCAUCACGAAGCGGUUCAUCUUCAGAGAUCGCCCCAAUUAUCAUGGAAUUAGAUGGCACCGCAUCUGAAGCAGCAAAUAGAACUUCGCAACAGUUGGAUCGAUUAUCAGUAGAACGGCGAACGGCAUCAUCAUCAACUGAAAAUGAUCAUCUGAAUCGGUCAGCCAAAUCGGUACCGGUUCAGCCAGUGAUGGACCAAACAUCUUCAUUGCACGAUCAGAUAUCAGUUCUACGUGACGUUACAUCAGCCUCAACAAAUGUGAGCUUUUAUCAGAAGAGUCAAAAGCUGAACGUUGUGGAUGAAUCCGACCAAAUGCAAUUUUCAUCGGAAGAAAUCAUACGAGGCACCUUGCGACCAUCACUUCGCACGUCUGAGCUUCUACCAUUCGCUACAUCAACACCACUGCGUCCAGAUGUUGCACUAUCAAGCCAGUUUGCAUCGCUAAGAAGUCAGUACGAUUCACCCCUUGCAGUACAUCAACCAUCUCAUAGUCAGAUUGAUAUUUCGUCAUCUUCACAACAAAAACAGGAUGAUAAUGAAAUAUCUGCUGAAACGUCACUCACUGAAAAUACUCUAUGGAGAUCGACAUCGUUGCACAACAACUCAAUUAUCCGUACAUCCGCUUAUUGGAAACUUGCAGAGGUAGAACGCUCUAAACGACUGACCAUGUUUCCAGAUGACAGACCGAACGAAAGAGAAGAUACAUCACGCAAUUUGUCGAUAUAUGAGGAAGAUCCGGAUCGUGCACCAUUUUUCCUGAACGAGUUCAAUGAAUGGUCGAAGAAGUAUGCAAGAGCAAGAGACUUCAAGCGUGAAGUUCUCUUCCUGUGCGGGCAAAAAGCGCCCAUUCAAUGGACUUCAAUCAAAAAAUUUUUGAAUAUCAGCUCUGCAAAAAAACUCGGCGAAGGUACUUAUGGAGAGGUGUUCAGUGCAACGUGCAAUGGCAAAGAAACUGCAGUGAAAAUUAUUCCAAUUGACGGUUCAACUCUGUUGGCUGAUGGUCAACGUCAAAACGAAUAUGCUGAAGUGCAGUUGGAAAUAGUCGUUUCGAAGGAAUUGUCCGAGUUGGCCGUGGAGGAUGGUGGCUACAGCACUGAGGGCUUUAUCAAACUACUCAAUUGUUGCAUUACGAAAGGAAAAUAUCCGAAGAAGCUGUUAUCGGCGUGGGACAGCUAUGCAAACGAACGCGAUUCGUACAAUUUGAAUCCUGAGGCGUUCCCGGCUAGUCAGUGUUAUUGUGUAUUAGCGUUCGAAUUGGGUGGAAGGGACCUCGAGGUUUACGAUGUUCGAUCGAUAGAAGUGGCCUAUUCGAUAAUGGUUCAAAUAAUAACUGCGCUAGCCGUUGCCGAGGAUCGUCUUCAGUACGAACACCGCGAUCUGCAUGUCGGCAACGUUCUUGUAUCGGAGGGCAGUGAUCACCAGUUGAGAACUGAAUUAAUCUCAUCACAAAAAGUGCAAAUUAAAAUGUGUGGCGUUUCUGUGAAGAUCAUCGAUUUUACGUUAUCGAGACUGAAGAAAGGUAGAACGACAAUAUUCAGAGAAUUGGCCAAUGAAGAAGAUCUGUUCACUGGUGAGGGCGAUCUUCAGUUCGACAUUUAUCGUCUUAUGAAAAAAGCAAACAGGAAUAAUUGGGCUGUGUUCAACCCAAAAACGAAUAUUAUGUGGUUAGUGUAUCUGUCACGCUUCAUUCAUCAAAAAAUGGUCGAAAAUGUUGUUGGCGCAGAGGAUGAACGAGAACGUUUCUUGCGAUUGUUUCAGUCUUUGCACAGAUUUGGUUUGUUUAUUUCUUUAUUUGCUGUCUAA